ACAUACGUGUUGCUUUAAGUCCCGGUGGACGGAGUUUACUCUGACAAACAGCAGCCGAAAACUGGAGAGGACCUGCAAGCAGCUUUAAAAAAAAAAAAAAAAACAGGGUGACAAGGGGGGGACAGUUUUCCAAAGAGACUCGAGCUGAUCGGACGCUGUGGAUGAAAUAAUAUUUGCAGAGGUUUCCUGUGUCAAACUCGAUCUCGAGGAGAAGAGGAGAGGGGAUUUAAGUCAGAGGAGCAAAAACAAAUUAGUCCUCUACUGUAAAUGGACACAGUGAAUAUCUCGUAAAGGACAAGUACUUUUCAGACCGUGUCCCUCUUCCUUGGAUUGACUCUAUAAAGCGCGCUACAGAGGAGACACAGAGAUGGAUGUGGCUGCUGAUCAGCCCCGCUGGAUGCAUCACCACGCCAUGCUCAACGGACAACACCCGGACUCACACCAUCCCGGCCUGGGGCACAACUACAUGGAGCCUACGGCGCAGCUCCUGCCCCCAGAUGAGGUGGAUGUUUUCUUUAAUCACCUGGACUCACAGGGAAACCCGUACUACCACAACUCAGCCAGGGCCAGAGUGUCCUACAGCCAAGCGCACGCUCGUCUGACUGGGAGUCAGGUCUGCCGGCCUCAUCUCUUGCACAGCCCGGGGAUAUCAUGGCUGGACGGGGGGAAAGCAGCCCUGUCGGCUCACCACCACAACGCCUGGGCCGUCAGCCCCUUCAGCAAGUCCAGCCUGCACCACCACGGCUCCGCGUCCCCCGGCGGCCUCUCCGCAGUCUACCCGUGCAGCAGCAACUCAAACACGGUCUCCGCAUCCUCGUUAACACCGCCGUCCCACUCCAGCCCUCAUCUGUACACUUUCCCACCAACGCCACCAAAGGACGUAUCGCCGGACCCGGGGGCCGCGUCUCCCUCCGCCACCAGAAUGGACGAGAAGGAAUCUACCAAAUACCAAGUGUCGUUACCGGAGGGGAUGAAGAUGGAGGGCUGCAGUCCGCUGAGGAGCAGCCUGGCCUCCAUGAGCGCGCAGACCCCAUCCACACACCAUCCCAUACCGACGUAUCCCACCUACUCUCUCCCAGCGGCGCACGAGUACGGCAGCAGUCUGUUUCACCCAGGCAGCCUGCUGGGAGCAUCAUCCAGCUUCACCCACAAGAACAAAGGCAAGACACGGUCCUGCACCGAGGGCCGUGAGUGUGUAAACUGUGGAGCCACCUCAACGCCUCUGUGGAGACGUGACAGCACCGGACACUACCUGUGCAACGCCUGCGGGCUCUACCACAAGAUGAACGGCCAGAACAGACCACUUAUCAAACCCAAACGCAGACUGUCUGCUGCCAGACGAGCAGGCACCUGUUGUGCUAACUGUCAGACGACCACCACCACACUCUGGCGGCGCAAUGCAAAUGGAGACCCAGUGUGCAACGCCUGCGGCCUCUACUAUAAACUGCAUAACGUGAACCGACCCCUGACCAUGAAAAAGGAGGGAAUACAGACACGCAACCGAAAAAUGUCCAACAAGUCCAAAAAGAGCAAGCGGUGCAGCGAUAGCUACGAGGAGUUUUCCAAAAACCUGCACGACAAGAGCUCCCCAUUCUGCGCCGCCUCUCUGGCCGGACACGUGUCCAUGGGCCACUUGCCGCCUUUCAGCCACGCUGGACACAUGCUUCCCACGCCCACCCCGAUACACCCUUCAUUUGGGCACCCGCACCACUCCAACAUGGUGACGGCCAUGGGCUAGGAACACUGUGAGGAAACCUGAGAUGGUUGUAUGAGCGGGGAUGAGGGUCCCACUAGAGGACAGUGUGUACAAUGUUACAGACACGCAGUGUGUCUUCGUCUUUGAUUGUCUCUUGAUUGAUUAUUCCAACGGUAUGUUGGAGAACAGAUGUAUCAUGGGAGGUAAAGGACUUUUUUUUUUUUUUUUUACUCCUUAUCUAUAGGUACCUAUUUUGUUGAGGGAAGAUAUUUAGCUUCCCGUCUGCCAGGCACACACACGUAAACACAAAAAUGUCAUUGCACCUCAUAGUUUUAUCCCCACUGACAGCCUGGCUGACUGCAGUGUGGUUCAGUAUGUGCAGGUUUGUAGUAACUGUGAAUAUUGUAAAUGUGUGAGACUGAAGGGGACGUCCCAGACAGAGCAAUCCUCUUCACAAACAUUAAAUGAAAAUAUGCUGGAUUUUUUUUUUUUUUUGCUCGUGGACAAUUUUAAAGAAAUUUUUCACAAAAGAAACAAGCGAAACAACAACAAGAAAAGGUUUUAUGAAUCCUAAUUUGACACUGUUUAUUAUAAUUAUUGUUAUUAUAAUUAUUAUUGUUAUUCAGAUAAUUUAUUUUCACUGCCUUGUUUUUCUUUUACUAUAUCACCUGAAUCAUAAUAUGGAUACUGUUAUCCCAGUUAUGAAUAUAUUUUUAGCUGAAGCGCUUUCUUUGAGCUGGUCAACAUUUAUACUCGUAAGAAAUAAAGAGAUCAAGUUCAUUAUCCCAUCUGCUCCUUCUAUUCAAUAUUCAAUAUUUAAGCCUUCAUUAUAAGAACAGAUACAUGAAUUCAUAUGGCUAACUGUGCUGUCCAAUGAGGCCAUACAGGGACAAGGUACCACGUUGAAACUUCAGAGUGUACAUCACAGACACAAAUGUCCCGUUUCAUGAACGCACUAUUAGACGUUUGAUUAAUACGAUUAAAAGCUACGGUAUCAGUAACACCUACUUGUUUCUUUGUAUCAUUACAGUCACUAUCUUAAGUUUAUCUUCUGAGCAUUGAAUGUUUUGGAGUGACAGAUUAAAGGAAUAGUUCAACCUUUUUUUAGAAAUACGCUUAUUCUUGCAGAGAGUUAAAUGAAAAUACUUUGAUACCACUCCCACAUCUGUACGAUAAAUCUGAAGCUACAACCAGCAGAUGGGUAACUUAGCUUCGCAUGAAGACAGUGAAAGCUUAGACUGGCUCUGUCCGAAGGUUAGAAAAUCUAACCGAUAACUUCCUUGCACUAUUUUCCUGGAGUCCUAGAAGUUACUGCACCAGGCCAAGAAAUAACCUGACACAUAAACCACUGUAAAACAACAAUGUGUCAUUUUUACACCUUAUUUGUGUGGAACAGCAGAUAUUCAUUGUGCUAAGCUGACUAAGUUUCAUGCUGACCAUACGUACAUGAGAGUGGUACCAGUCGUUUCAUCGAAAUCUCAGCAAAGAAAGAAUCAAAGUGUGUUUUUCAAAAUAUUGGACUAGUCCUUUAACAGUUUUUCGGGGGGUGUCACAAACCUGCUCCACAGUGAGGAACAUCUUUACAGCUGUACGAGCAGGAUAAACACUAUGUACUGUACAUCUUUUUUUUAUUAGCCUCUACAUUGUAACUUUUGAUCAGCACGUCUAACAUCCUGCCAAGCGUCAGAGAGCUUACCUGUCACAAAAAGAUGAAAACCUGUUGAUAAUAAAGAAACUAUAUAAACCUAGCAGUGAUGACUCAGAAAGAUUAUUUCCCUUUUGAAAUCUACAAACUCGAAGAACAA